GACCUCCUGUCUGGCUUCUCCUUGUCUUUGCUCACUAGCAUGCUACUUGCAGUUAGCACAGCAGCUAAUUCAGAGGAAAGCAGUGAAAUUAACCGGCAAAGCAGAUACAUGGACGUCGCUUUUUGACUUGUGUAUUAUGUCUUACAGCGCACAUUUUGACAUUGAUCGCCGCUGACAAGUCCUUUUUCCUAACGCUAUUUUUAGCUCUCUUGACAAUCUGUUUAGUUAACGUAGUAUUUACAGUCAGGCUAGCUCCUGAGGUUAAAGUUAGCCAUGUUUACAGAGCUCAACAGUAUCUUGAACACAACUCCCGACAGCUUCACACAGGGGGAAUUUAUCUUGCUCUCGGACAGACAGAGUGAUGCCUCCUUCCUCAUUCACCACUUUCUGUCUCUGUACCUACGAGCACGCUGCAAAGUGUGUUUUCUGGGUCUGGUUCAAUCCUUCAACCAUUACAGCGCCAUCGGUCAGAGACUGGGUGUAAGUCUAACACAGGCCAAGGAAAAGGGUCAACUGGUUUUCUUGGAGGGACUGAAGGAGUCUCUCUCUGUAUUAAUUCCUCAAGACACCGAGACUGGAACUCGUGCCAUGGACUUCCUCAGGGAUCCUGCCGUCGGCCUGAAGAGUCUCUACGAGUUUGUCCGGUCCGGUGCGACCAGUUCUGGCGUUGGGGGACGCGAGGCGGACGGUGGGGAGGAGUGGGGGCCCCCGGUGUUGCUGGUGGACGACCUCAGUGUGCUGCUGAGUCUGGGGGUGAGCGCCGGCGCCGCGCUGGACUUCAGCCACUACUGCAGAGCCACCGUCUGCUCCCAGCUACAGGGCAACGUGGUGAUGCUGGCGCGCUCUGAUGGGCGGAGGGAGGAGGAGGAGGACGGAGACGAUGAAGGCUCAGAGAGGCUUCUGAGGGGCCUGACCCACCAGUGCAGCCUCACUCUUCAGGUACAGGGUCUCCCCACCGGCUUCUGCAGGGACAUACACGGCCAGGUAGAAGUGUGCUGGAGGAGGAGACAAGGCGAUGAACAGUACAAACAGAAGAAACUCUUUCAGUACAAAGUCCACGACAAAGGAGCCUCCUUCUUUGCUCCCGGGACAUCGAGCGCUGUUCUCUAGUUUCACCUUUCCUGCGUUCCCGUUUGGCCUUUUGUCUCUUUUACACGUAACAACCGACCAUCAUGUUUCGAUAUCACCAGACAACACAAGCUGGGUGUUAAGCUGCCAAAAGUAGUCUGUGAUCCGAAGAGAAUUCACCAACCGUAGUCAGGCUUUACUUUUGGAUGCCCGCCAUUGUUCGCGGGCUCAGCCUGGAUCCCAGACUGUCUAGAGUCUGGAGGACGGUGUAAUCCUGCCAGCUCAUCGCCUGCUUCCAGACCUCGGAAACUCUGCCCACGUCUCUUACAUUUUAUUUUAAAUUGAGCUGUUUGAAUAAGUGAAGCAAAAACAAAAUGACAAUUAUGUUUUGGUUUUUGUUGCUGGUUUACUGAAGUUAUAACUUUCAACUCACGCCAUUGUUAAUAUUUGGUUACGGCAAACUGAUUUUUUGUUUUUUUUUGUGCGUAUGUUUUUAAAUGCAUCUGUGACUAUGUCGAGUGGAUAUUUAAUAGACCCCCCCAAUAAACGAAACAAAACAAACACA